AUGGCUUCAAUUAAUUUGAAAGUUCCAUUAACUUCGGAAGAAUCUCAAUUCUUCAACAAUAAAUUUAAGCAGUUGGAUACUGAUUCAUUAGGUGUAUUAACUGGUGAAAACUCAAGACCUUUAUUUGCUAGUUCUGGGUUAUCAUCACAUGUAUUAUCCCAAAUUUGGGCAUUAGUUGACAUUAAUAACAAGGGGUUUCUAAAUUUUAAUGAAUUUGCAGCUGCUUUACGUUGUAUAGGUAUGUUACAAAAUUAUCCAACUUUACCAAUUAAUGGUACAUUAUAUGAAAACCCUUUAAACGCAAUGCCUAAUCUUCAAGGUUCUUCUACAACUUCUAUGCCAAAUAACGAUUCAUCAUCAAAUAUUCCAUUACCUUCAUCAUCUGAUAUCACUAAAUUUGCAGAAUUAUUUGAUAGAACUGCAGGUAUGGGUAACACUAUUUUAACAGGUGAUAAAGCUAAAGAUAUCUUUCUAAAGGCAAGAUUACCUAAUCAAACUUUAGGUGAAAUAUGGGGUUUAUGUGAUAGAAAUACCUCAGGUUCAUUGGAAAAACCUGAAUUUAUUAUGGCAAUGUAUUUAAUUCAAUUAUCAAUGACUGGCAAUCCUGCAAUGAGUGUAGUUCCAAGUAGUUUGUCGCAAUCAUUAUGGAAUGCUGUAUCUACUAUACCACAACAACAACAAUCUUAUGCUAAUAAUAUGUCCAUGCCAGGUACUUUAAGUGCAAAUUCAACAGGUACUUCUGCUUUAGGUAGACAACCAACAAUCUCUAGAGUCUCAAGUGGUGCAUUUAAUAAUGCGUCUAACGAUUGGGUGUUAACCCCAGAGAAGAAACAGCAAUUCGAUGCAAUUUUCAGUUCUUUGGAUAAACAAAAUAUAGGGAAAUUAGGAUCUCAAGUAUUAGUACCAUUCUUCUUAUCUUCAAAAUUAAAUCAAGAAACUUUGGCUACUGUUUGGGAUCUUGCUGAUAUUCAUAACAAUGCAGAAUUUUCUAAUAUGGAAUUUGCUAUUGCUAUGUUUUUAAUUCAAAAGAAAAAUGCAGGUAUUGAUCUACCUGAUGUUGUGCCAAAUGAAUUAUUACAAUCACCAGCACUUGGUUUGUAUCCAACUUCCCAACAACAGCAACAGCAGCAGCAACCAAAUAUGACCAUCCCAUCUAGAGCUACUAAGCCCUCCUUCCAAGAUAUGUCUCAGCAAGCUGCUCCACAACAAAUACCACAAAACUCUAAUAAUGGUUCGUUGAAUGACUUAAUGGCUUUGAAUAAUACAUUUUCUCCUUCUCCUCAACCUAUUAUAAGAAAUGAUACUAAUAAUAGUAUGAAUUCUGGUAAUCAUCCAACAGCUCAACAUUCUUCAAUGAAUUUGAAAAAGUUUAACCCAACAUCUCAAUUCGGUCAACAUAUCAUCCAAGAGGAAGAAGAAACUAAUAAUUUUUCUGCUCCAGUACAACAACAAAAGCAAUCUAUGCCUGCUGCUGCUCCAGUGGCUCCAAUGCAAAGAGCCGCUUCCGUAUCUUUACCACAAGUUCCAAAUUUCGGUUCUUUGAAUCUAGCCUCUACCGCAGCUGGUGCUGGUAUGGGUGCUGCUGCUGGCGCUGCUGCUGGUGGUAUCUUCCAUAAUAAUGAUUUAUUUGCUGAUUCAAAUGCUUCUACUCAAUUAUCUGCAGCUACUACAGAUUUAGCCAAUUUAUCAAAUCAAAUGAAUUCAUUGUCCAAGCAAGCUACAAUUACCAAUGAUAAGAAGAUUAAAGCUGGUCAAGAAUUAUCUCGUUUGACAGAUAUGAAGAAUUCCUUGAAUGUUAAAUUAACAACAUUAAGAACCACUCAUGAACAAAAUGUCAAGCAAACUGAAGAUUUGCAACGUUCUUUGGUUGCAGUCAACGGUGAAAAUGAUCAAUUGAAACAACAAUUGGCUGUUGUGGAAGCUAACUAUCAUGCAAUUGAAACUAAAUUGAAUGAAAGUAAUGAAGAGUUCCAAAAAGUACAAGAAGAAAAUAGUAAUUUCAAAGAAAACAUUAAGAAUUUAAAUAUUCAGUCAAGUGCUUUACAAACUCAAUUGGACGAAAAACAACAACAAGUGAAACAACAAAGAUCUAUGGUUGAUGUCAAUUCAAAACAAUUAGAAUUAAGUCAAAUUACUGUGGCUAAUUUCACCGUUGAGAUUUCAGGUCUAGAAGAAAAAUUGGCUACAUAUUUGACCAAGAAACAAGAACUAGAAGAUUACGAAAAGACUAUUCAAGAGAAACAUACCCAAUUAGAGACAAGAUACAAUGAAAUGACUGACAAGGAAACCGAUUUGAAUCAAAGAGAUAUACAAUUGAAGGAUCACACCCAACAAAUUGAAGAGCAAGAGAAGAUUUACAACGACCAAGUGGCUCGUCUACAAACAAUGUUUACAGAUUUGUCUCAAAGAAAGGAAUCAUUCGACAAAGCUGACCAGGAUUUGAAAGCACAACAUAUGGAAUAUGCUAAUAACGUUCAGGACCUAGCUGAAAGACAAAUGAACUUAGCCAUGGGUAAAAUGCCAGAAGAUACCAAGGACAUUGUUGAAAAGAAUAAGAUGAACAAACAGGUUGAAACUCCAGUAUCUCAAGAAGAUGAAGACGCUUCAAGAACCGAAAGAAGUGGAAGUGAAGUAUUUGAUAAGGAUGUCCCAACUCUAGCUUCACAAAGUGAACAAGGUGAAACUCAAGCUGCCCCAGAUGCUAAUCAGCCUCUCUCUGAUAGAUUCGAAGGUGACUUGAACGAAUAUGGUAUCCCAAGAACUGAGUCAUUGACAUCUUCAGUGGCUAAUAAUGCACCACAAUCUGUUAGAGGUGAUGCAGAAAUCGUUGACACUUUAGAUUCUCGUAUCUCAGGAACUCCGGCUUUACCAUCUGCUGGUACCAUAACAGGUGAACAAGUGAAGACCACCGAUAUUCCUCAGAAGGACAAUGAUACAGAUAAGGACUCCAACUUGAGUGGGGCUGAAUCUGAAAGUUCUAUCCAACACUCUUUAGUGGCAGAAAAUGUCGACAAGCACUUUGAAGAAGCUGUAGACCAAGUUAAUGUUCCAGGUGGUGUGGCUUCCAACGCCAUCGAUGAAGAAUUCCCACCAAUUAGGGAAUUGGAAAUUGAGGAAAGUGAUUCAUCAGAUGAUGACGAUGAUGAACAAUUUGAAGAUACUAAGGAUGUCAUUACUCCAAGCAUGCAAAAUGUUUCUAGCCCAGUUACCGAGCCAAAGGAUGAAUUUGAUGAUGAAUUUGCAGGCUUAGAACAAGCUGACGUCGAAGAAGAAAGUGAUUCCGAUAAUGAUAAUUCAAAUGCCGGUUACACAGCUGCUGAGGCAAUGGAACCAUUUAAGGAUGCCAGUCAGAGUGAUGUGAGAGAUAAAUUACAAAGUAACGACUUCCCAGCUUCAGAAUCAGUUGUAUCAGAACAACAGCAGCAAAUACCAGAACAGGAACAACCAAGUAAUGUUAGUAACGAUGAAUGGGAUGAGAUAUUUGCUGGGUUUGGGAAUGGGAAACAACCUGCUCCCCAAUCACAAGGACAAUUACAGCCACCAAUUCACAACGCUCUACAGCAACCUACUCCUGAUAGGAAUUCUAUGCCACCUUCCAAUAACAGGGUCGACCGUAUGAUUGCUACAACUCCAAAAGCUCUGGCUAUUGAAGAGUUGAGUGGUAUGGGUUUCAGUGAAGCUGAAGCUACUAAGGCUUUAGAAAAAUGUAACUGGGAUUUAGACACAGCUACAAACUACCUACUGGACAACGCCUGA